GUGUGGAGAGAUCAUACGGAGGUACUGCUCGCCGAGAGAGGGACCGUUGGAGGGACUCGUACGCGACCCGAGUGACCGCUCUGGGCAAACGCCACCCCCUGCUUCCCCCGGUACGGGCACCGUGUGACAUCCUCACAACCAGCUUCAGUCACGGCGACCCUCAGCGAGUGACAGAUGUGUGGCACUGUGGAGAACCAUUUGCCUCUCCUAGUGGAGAUUUGAGUUCUGGGACACUGAGGCAGCCAAGGGGGGGUCUCUGAAGAAGAUGCUGGGUUCAGAGCGCGGUGUUGUCGAAGAAUGGCUCUCAGAAUUCAAGUCCUUACCAGAAACCCACAUCCCCAGCUACGCCGGCAGCCUUCAUCUGAAGAAGUCCCUGGUGCCGGCACUCUACAGAGUCAUCCAGGACCCCAACAACGAGCUGCUGGAGCCUGUGUGCCACCAGCUGUUCGAGCUGUACCGGAGCUCCGAAGAUCGCUUGCGACGCUUCACGCUGCAGUUCCUGCCUGAGCUGGUGUGGGUAUAUCUGCGCAUCACUGCCAGCAGAGAUCGUCAGAGCAACGGCUGCAUCGAGGCCCUCCUCCUGGGCAUCUAUAACCUGGAAAUCGUGGACAAAGAUGGCAACAGCAAGCUCCUCUCCUUCACAAUCCCAUCCCUGUCCAAACCAUCGAUAUAUCACGAGCCUUCUAGUCUGGGGUCGAUGGCACUGACCGAGGGAGCUCUCUGUCAACAUGACCUGAUCAGAGUGGUGUACAGCGGCCUCCACCCUCAGAGAGAGACCUUCACUGCUCAGAACAGGUUUGAGGUGUUGUGUUUCCUCAUGCUCUGCUACAACUCUGCUGUGGUCUACAUGCCCCUCUCUUCCUAUCAGUCAGUCUGCCGGAUGAGCUCACGGUUGUGCGUCUGUGGAUUCCCUCGGCAACAACAGAAGCUUUGGAGGGAGCCUUGCAACCGUGUGCUGCUGGACCCUGAGUUCAUGGUGCAGAUGCUGACUGCCGUUUAUCAUGCCAUAUACAAUGGGGAGUGGGAGAUGGGCCGAGAAGCUCUGGAGGACAUCGUGUACAGAGCCCAGCUGGAGCUUUACUCCCAGCCUCUCCUGCUGGGGAACGCCAUGAAAAACUCGCUGCCAGAAAGUGCUCCCGACGAGCCGCGGGGUCGCAAGGUGCUCCAGGUGGAGGUGACGCCCACCAUUAGCCGUAUAUCCAUCUCAGCCAUCACCACCGCCUCCAUACGACGCCACCGCUGGAAGAGAGAGGAUGCUGACGGCAUGAGCGGCGGGGAAGAUUCCUUCAACGUCAACGACCCGGAUGAAGGUUUCUCGUCUGGGGCGUCCAACAGCAGCCAGCCCAGCGGCACCAAGGCCGGCAGCGGCGGCGUGGGGCCGAGGGGCGGCAGCCUGAACAGCAGCAGUAGCAGCAUCAAGAAAGCCAUCACGGCCCGGCUGUCUCGGGACAAGGAGCGGGAACGGGAGAAGGAGCGCGAGAGGGAGCGGGAGAGGGAGGCCGAGAAGCAGGCAGAAUUGUCGGCGGAGCACCAGGCCGCCGUGAGGAGGCAUCACCAGAGGCAGCAGUCCCCGCCGGCCAGCAUCACCUUGGAGGCCAUCCACCUGAGCCCCAUAAAGAAGCACCUGAGCUUCCCCGUGGGGCCCACGCUGGUGCGGACUGGCAGCACCUCCUCCAGCAAGUCCUUUGACUGCAUGAAUUUCAACCUGAACGGGGGCGAGGACGAGCGAGAGGAGGCGGCAGGAGGCUCCGACAAGGAAGGAGGGCUCCUAGCAGGGGGCUCCCACCGCCACUCCACCAUAAGCUUGCAGGAGGAGCACCUGAUCAGGCCGGAGGAGGCCCAGGACCUCCUGUCUCCCGGAGCUCCUCUCACCAAGCAGUCGCGCUCCCCCAGCUUCAACAUGCAGAUCAUAUCACAGGUUUAAUGUCCAACGCAGGGAACGGUAGACACACAUACACAAAUAGCUAUCCAUUACACACACAAACACACUCUCAUGCAGUUUUUUCUGUGACUCUUUCCAGCUCUACUAUGACAACUUCUCUCUACCUGUGAGUGUAUGGUGUGGGUAUGUGUGUGUGUGUUUGUGUGUGUGUGUGUGACUUUAAGAAGUAGGAACACAUCUUCAGAUCUCCAGAGCUGUGUCUCCACCCUUUGAACAUCCAUUAAACUUACAGUUGUGACCUGCAGUCGUUGCUGGUGGGUAAAGUCACCGAGAACACAACACAUGAGAAAGCAGUAAAAACGAGCGUAGAAGAGUCCAGCGCGUCACUGCAUCCUCCCGUCUGACCGAGCUGAGCAUUCCACACAGACACUCUCCUCAGAGGGGGAGGAGAUGACGAGAGAGAGAAAAUUUGUAAGGAUUCCACGCUUAGCUGUAGGUCAUGUAUGACAUUUCAGAUUUUCUUGAGUUCCUGACUGAAUCAGUCAAAAUGAAUCAGCAAUAACACUUACCGUCGCUCAUGUGGAGAAGAGUGGGAUUGUCGCUCUUUCUCUUCAUUCCUUCCCUUUCAUUCCCGGGCUCACGUGCAAUCGUUCUUGCUGAUUUUCUUCCUUGAUAAUCGCUCUUUUUUUUUUUUUUUUUUUAAUUAGGC